AUACUUUCCUGUCGUCAAACUUGGAAUUUUCACCGCACUUGGUGCCCUCUCAAUAUCUGCUGAGAAACCAGGUGGAUGCUGCCAUGCCCUUUGGCUGCCUUGCCCUGCGGGACGGGCGAUCCUACCACAGCCCCACGGACAUCACCGACAAGUACGAGAUCGGACAGGUCCUGAAAGCGAAGGAGUUUUGCGAGCUGUGCCUGGCCAAGGAGCGGCAGACAGACAAGGUCUUCGUCUGCAAGAAGUUCUUCAAGAAGGAUGGCAGGAAAGUGCGCAAGGCUGCCAAGAAUGAGAUCAUGAUCCUGAAAAUGGUCAAUCAUCCCAACAUCCUGCAGCUGAUCGAUGCCUUUGAGACCAAGCGGGAAUACUACAUCAUCCAGGAGCUAGCCACAGGUGGAGACGUGUUCGACUGGAUCCUGGACCAGGGCAAUUACACGGAGCGCGACGCCUCCAAUGUCAUCCGGCAGGUGCUGGAGGCCGUGGCCUACCUGCACUCCCUCAACAUCGUCCACAGGAACCUCAAGCUGGAAAACCUGAUGUAUUACAAUGAAAACAACCACAACAAGGUGGUGUUGCGGGACUUCUACUUGUCCAGGUUUGAGAACGGCUCCCUCACAGAACCCUGCGGAACGCCGGAAUACCUUGCCCCUGAGGUGGUGGCGCGCCAUCGAUACGGAAGGCCAGUCGACUGCUGGGCCAUCGGAGUCAUCAUGUACAUACUGUUGUCUGGAAACCCGCCCUUUUAUGAUGAAACAGAGGACGAGAACACAGACAUGCACAACCGCAUCAUCUUCUGUCGUAUCGUGGGUGGAGAGUUUGAGUUUGACUCGCCGUACUGGGAUGAAAUAUCUCCUGCAGCUAAAGAGCUCGUGUGCAGACUGAUGGACAUUGACCAGAUGUUGAGGAUAACAGCCCAGGACGCCUUAUGGCACGAGUGGAUUGCUGGCAAUGGAGCCUCUGAGAAGAAUCUAAAAGAUGGAGUAUGUGCCCAGUUUGAGAAGAACUUUGCCAAAGCCAAGUGGAGGAAAGCGAUCCGCGUCACCACCUUCAUGCAGCGGCUCCGGAACACGGAGCUGGCGGGGGCCUCGGACGCCACGGCGGACGACAUGACGGAGGCGGCUCUGGACAGCAGCCCGGACGGAGAGAGCCCCGACACGGACGCCACGAUGACCGUCCCCACCGUCAGCGUCACCCCCCAGCACCAGCCCCAGGCACAGCACCAGCCCCAACCCCAGACACAGCACCAGCCCCAGGCACAGCACCAGCCCCAGGCCCACCCAGCCGCCCCCUCUGUGAAAACGCCGCAGAUGGAGGAGCUAGACAAAGCAGCAGCUAGGAAACCGGUAGGGGAGGGCGCUCGUAAAAUAGCCGCCAGCUUAGGGCAUGGAGGAGAGGCGGCGAACAACAAGUCACCUGGCGGCACGCCGGAACCCCCGGUGAUCCCAGAGUCCUCGGCGGCAGUAAAACUCCCGCUGCAGAAGACGCCAGACGCUCACUCGCCAACCCCAAGCAAUGUGGAGAAGAAGAAACCUGCGUCCUCCCCCGACACCCUGACACGCCGCAAAAUGGCGGCAAAUCUCACCAUGGACCCUGGAGGAGUUCCUGAGACGAAAGCAACGCCCACCGACACCAACAUCACCAACCAGGGAGCAUCGGGAGGCGCGCAGGAGGGACACGCUCACGCUCAGGAGGUGCAGGUAGGAGGGAAGAGGCAGGAGAUGUCCCCAGGGAGCUGGUGCCAAACUCAGGUCCCGGACGCGGUGGCAGAGAGGUCCGUGGUGGUGGUGACCGCGCCUCCACCGGCGGCAGAAGCAGCGGCAGCGUUGCCUCGCGUCGUCAUGAGGGAUCAGGGCGUAGGGGGCAGUCGCUCCACCGACGCCAUGCUGCAGGCCGCCACGCAGCAGCUCCAGAGUCCCUACAUGGGCCUGGGGAGCACGGCCAGCUUAGGACGCCACGUCAAGCCGCUGUACAGCCAGGAGCUCGGAGGAGGCGGAGGAGGCGGAGGUGGCGCCUCGGGCUACAGUAACCCUUACUGUUCGCCGUACUCCGGCAGAGGGGGCCUGUACAGCACCUUGGAUCCGUGCGGCGGCGCACGUGCGGGCGCGGGCACGGGGAUGGGCAUGGGCGUGGGCGUUGCCACCGACUGGCAGAUGGACAGCGUGAUCGAGCAGAUCGAGAAGCAGAUGGCGGCGGUGCUGGAGAAGAUCGAGGGCGACAUGCCCUCGCUGCUGGAGCAGAUCAGCGACUGCCCCGAGACCAUGACGACCACGGCGACGCUGCCCAGCAGCAGGGCCAGGAGCGCCCAGUCCUCGCCCUCCUGCCGCCCGCGCUCCUACCACCACCACCCCUCCUCCUCCACCUCCACCACCCCUCCGCCGCUGCCCACCACCCCGCGCCCGCCCAUGCCGCCCAACCUGCCGCACCUGACCAUCCCUCCUCCCUCGUACCCGCCUCCCGCCCCGCCCACGGCCACGGCAGCGCACCACCACGUGCAGGGCGGCUACGUGCAGCAGCCCAUGCCAGCACCACCAGAGCAAGAUGGCCGAGAUGGGCAGCGAGGAGGAUCGAGGUCGGGCCAGUCGCCGCACCAGCACCCGCACCCGCACGGAGGGAUGUCUGGAAGAGGCUUAUGAAGGUCUUAGCUGGUCGAUGACAUGAACACAGUGAGAGAGGAUGGGCAAAAU